CCUGCCAAUCAGCACAGCUGGAGAAAUAUCUCAGCCUUAUCUCCAGAUCAGCCACUGGAAUAAGGAUAACGCUCCGGUCGGAUUAGGGCGUUUAGGGGAUUAAGAAACACACAUUUUGGGGACCCACUGUGUAAGAAACCAUCACAAAUUCGCUUGGAUAACAAUGUGGUUUUAAAACUGAAUUUCAACAUAAGAGUUUGGGAGAUUGGUGGAUCGCAUUCCUGGAAAUUACUCAGUGUGUGUUUUUCUGUGCUUUGUGCUGAUAUCCAAGUGGAGUUACUGGUACCUGGAUUGUUUACCCGCUCAACAUUGAGAUGGGAGCCAGUGUUUGUGCUUUAGGCUUGCUGAUAUGGGCGUGUCUGGGGCUGGUGGCCCCGGUCCCCCUCAGACUUUUCUACCCGUACGGAUCAUCCCGGGGGGAUGAAACUCUAUCCAACGAAGACGACAUCAGUUCGCCGGAAGUACAACUCACCACACCUAUACAUUAUUAUGAUGGCUUCUAUACUAGUAUUUAUGUAAAUUCCAACGGUCACGUGACAUUUGAGAGCGAAUUGCCGGUAAUCCAGCCGAACAUGGUGCUGCCGAUGGGCCGCGAGUUCCGGUUAAUCGCUGCCUUCUUUGCGGACGUCGACCUCACACAGGGUGGCAACGUUUUCUAUAGGGAGACGAACGAGGAAGCUCUUCUACAACGAGCGGGAGCGGACGUACAAGGGCACUUCUCACAGUUCCCGGACUUUGAGCCCCUCGGACUUUUCAUCGCCACCUGGGACAAGGUCCUACCACACAAGCCAGAAAGCGCACUGACCAAUACAUUCCAAAUUGUGAUAGCCUCCGACGAGCUCAAUUCCUUCGUGAUCUUCAACUACCUGGACGAGGGGGUGAUGUGGACGAAGAGCGUGGGGAAAUGGGCGGAGUACAAUCGACCCGACCCCCCGGCUCAGGCAGGUUUUGACUCCGGUAGCUCCCUUUCCUACACCCUCCCUAAGUCCGGCGAGCCGCAGGUUACCCGUCUGGCAAGUGCCUCUAACGUGAACGUGCCGGGUGUGUGGAUGUUCCACGUGGGUAAUACGAAGGGAUCUAACGUCGGCGGGCCAGACCUCAACACGGGAGACGUGGUGAUCUACCAACCGGAGCUGGAUCAGGGGACGUGUGCAGGCGGCGGAAGUCAAGAGUGCCAUGAGGACGCCAUGUGUGACGACCACGAAACCGGAUAUUGCUGCCAUUGCGUUCCGCCCUCCUAUGGCAACGGACAACACUGCAUACAGCCAACUGCUCCACAACGGCUCAACGGGAAGAUCUCCGGUCAGAUCAAUGGCACAGAGCUCGGUAACCUGGACAUGCACACGUUCGUGGUGACUACGGACGGACGGGCGUAUACCGCCUUCAGUCGCAUACCGGAAGAGCUCAGCACGCCCCUCAUGACGCUCAACACGAUAGGGGGCGUUAUUGGAUGGAUAUUUGCAUUGAGAGGCGGCCCCGGCGCUAAGAACGGAUACAUGUACACUGGCGGGAACAUGAAUCGCACCGCUCGUAUCACGUACCGUGACGGUGGCGAGGUGACGAUCAACCAGCGCUUCCUGGGCCACAACGUGCUUAACAGCAUUCGUUUGGAGACGUCAAUCAGCGGCACUGUCCCCACCCUCCCAAAGGCCGACCGCAUCACCGUGGAUGAUUACAAUGAGGAGUACCGCCGGGUUGGCAGAGGCCGUAUUCAGUCAACGUCAGAGCGUACGUUCCGCGUGAAUGAAAUUGCCCACCGCUACACGUGGGACCAGACGAUCACGUACGAGGAAUGUGAGCACGCGCCCGUUGACGCGGAAGGCAACUACAUGAGGCUCGGCGUCACACGGAACUUCAUCAACUAUGACCCUCAAGAACGUGUGGUGAGACACGCCAGCUCAAACAAAGUCGCGCUUAUGUCAGGCGCGGACCCAUGCCAGGAGGGAGCAAAGUCAUGUGACCAGAACGCGGAGUGCAUCCCCGAGGCCGACACCUUCCGGUGUAAGUGCCGGACAGGCUUCCUAGGGGACGGAUUCUCCUGUCAAGACCUAGACGAGUGUACCAUCUUGUCGGCGUGUGACCAGAACGCCGUCUGCACAAACGUCCCAGGCUCCUUCCGGUGUCAGUGCGUGUACGGAUUCACCGGUGACGGCCGCACGUGCACACGUGAGGUCCAGCUGUGCGGUGACGCAAUAUGUGACGACAAUGCCCGGUGCGUGUUUAAUGACGUCGAGAACAAGCCGAUGUGUGAAUGCAAGACGGGUUACCGCAUGGACGGAGAUUCCUGCCGAGCUAUCUCGUUCGACUGUAGCGAGUUGGACAUUUGUGGCGAUAAUGCAGAGUGUGUAUACAGCGAAACAGAGGGCGGCUACGUGUGUGAAUGUGUGGAAGGAUUCAGCGGGGACGGCUUGGAUUGUGGAAGCACCGUUAUAGCGACUGGCUGUGAGGACUGUGACAUUAACGCUCGAUGUGUGACGGACGUUGACUCGUUGACGUACCGCUGCCAGUGCCGGGAGGGAUACCGAGGAACGGGUUACACGUGCACCAGGGAGUACAUCGACAACAGGGUUUGUGACGACUGCGACCGUAACGCAGAAUGUUUGUUCGACCAGUCUGCGCAGGCGUACCAGUGUGUGUGUCAGGCCGGAUACCGGGGUGAUGGAACUUACUGCAGCGCAUACGACUGCCGGGAAUCAGACAUUUGUCACGUCAACGCCGCGUGCGCCCAAAAUACUGACGGACAGUACUUGUGUGUCUGCAAUCCAGGAUAUAGCGGUGACGGCCGUCGGUGCGAGGCUGCAGGCUGUAACGUGUUGAACGACUGUGAUGUUAACGCGCGAUGCGGGCCCGACCCUAGGGACACAAGACGCUACAUCUGUCGCUGUAACGCCGGCUACACUGGGGACGGCAAGGCCUGUAUCAGAAGAGUGGUUCCCUGUAACGAGGUUAACAAAUGUUCAGAGGAUGGCCAGUGUCUUUACGACCCGUCUGUAGAGGGCUACCAAUGUCGUUGCAACAGAGGCUUUGAAGGCGACGGAUUUACGUGCAGAUCUAGAGGCGUUGACUGCCAGCGGCGGCCGGGUCUCUGUAACGAGAACGCAGACUGCAUCCUCAACUUGGACGCCUUUAUGUGCGUUUGCCGGCUAGGCUUCCGGGGAGACGGGAACUCGUGUGAACCUGUACGUAACGAGAACAACUACCUACUGUUUUCCCGGGGCUACUCCAUCCAUAAGGUGCCCUACUACCAAAACGGUGACGUCUCUGACGGCUCCCGCGUCCUAUAUCUACCAGACGAGCUCGCUGUUGGCGUGGCAACUGACUGCCUGGAUGGAAAGUUCUACUGGACGGACGUGUCUCGUGGCCAGAUUUCCCGCGCAGAUAUUGACGGCUUUAACAAAGAGCGGGUCAUGGACGGGUUCAGUUCGCCGGAAGGUAUCGCCGUGGACUUUGUAGGACGGACGUUGUACGUGACGGACUCCGGGCUUGACGUCGUCGCCGUGGUGAACAUUAACGGAACGUACCGGAAGACGCUGAUCUCGGACAACAUGAGGGACCCCAGGGGCAUUGUCGUCGACCCACAUCGAGGAGUAAUGUACUGGGCGGACUGGUUUAGGAACGCUCCCACGAUUGAGCGCGCUAACAUGGACGGCAGCGACCGCGCCCAGUUCGUCACCACAGACCUGGGGCUCCCUAACGGCCUUACCCUCGACACCUACACCCAGCAACUGUGCUGGGCAGACGCUGGCGUCAAGAAGAUAGAGUGUGUCCGGACGGACGGCAUUGGACGCCGGGUAGUAACGGAGGAGGCGCAGUAUCCGUUUGACAUCACGUUUUACGGGAACAUGCUUUAUUACUCUGACUGGACUGUGGAUGGAAUCUCCAGUGUAGAUGUAAACAGCGGCGAGGCGGGAGACGUACUUACACUUCCUGUAGGCGGAAACGGCCGUCUCUAUGGCCUUACUUCUAUCGGGGAGUUCUGCCCUAGAAUAACAAACGCGUGUUUCCGGAACAAUGGCGGAUGCCGGUACCUGUGUCUCCCUACCCCGAAUGGCGGCAGAACAUGCGCGUGCCCUGAUGACGUAGACGAGCUGACAUGCGCAGAAAUAGGAAUUGUUACUAAGCGAAAGAAGUGAUCACGUGACAACUUUAGGAUAUAUUGUUGUGAAAGAUGUGUGUAGUACAGCAUACAGCAAACGUCUGUAUAUAGACAGAACAAUGAGAGCAAUACUCAUUAACUACCUAUUUUAACUUACAAUUUUGUAUUUUGUAGAUCUACAUCUUAACCGAAGUAAUGUUUUAUUUUAAAAAAGGUUUUAACCAUGAAUCUCUGUGCAAUAUAUAUUCUGAAUAACAUAGAUCUAGGUAUUAUUUCUUUGUACUGGAAAUUUAACAGCAAGUUGUUGUUGGUAUUCGUACAUUGGUACUUUGUGUAAAUGUUUACACGUGUAUUUGUAAGUGCAUUAUAUAUAUAUAAAUGCUUUAAUUUGUCUAUAAUCUUGGUUGUAUUCACAUGUACUGUAUGAGUGGACAAUGGUCAGUUACUCUUCAUUCUAGUGGAAUGCUUGGACAUACAUGUACGUGUUCUAGUAUCUGUUUAUAUUGCCUUGUCUUGCAAGAGCGUAAGAUAUUUUCUCAAAACUACCGUUACUUUGUUUGAAUGCACUUGUCUUUUGGAGAUUCACCCCGCAAUAUGUCAGUAUGAUUACGUUGGAACUGUAGAAGUAGACUAAAAAAUCCUCUCCUAAAAAUAUUUUGAUUGACAUCAAAUUUACUAAACUCCUUGUUUCACGUGAUAAAACAUCGGAAGUGUUUACUUUUUUACUAUAUGGUACAGAGUUAUUUAGCACAAAACAGUUUUCAUUAAAGAGCUUGGUAACACUUAUGCUUUGAUAUUUCUUUACAAUAAAAGUUACAACAUGUG